AUGCAAAGAUCGGUUCUGAGGUGCGACGCUGUACGCAGCAGGCUGGAAUUAUGUAGCAUCGAACGUGCAAAGCCAUGCGGGCGCGUUGGAACUGCUCCCUUUAGCAGCGCUCGAUGCUGUGCCAGACCCGCUGGGCGCUCUCAUCGCUUGGCACCAGGGCGCGAAGGUCGGACCAUGCUAAUUGUGCGGGCUUGUGGGUCAGUCGCCGCAACUCUUGAGAAGGGUUCAAUCUCUGUCGUGCUUCUUGCUGGUGGAGUUGGCAAGCGCAUGGGUGCGGCCAUCCCAAAGCAGUAUCUGGAACUUCGUGGCCAGCCCAUCGCGACAUAUUCGCUUGAAACCUUCGCGCGGAUGCCGGAGGUUGGGGAAAUCGUUAUUGUUUGCGACCCGUCCUGGCGUGACGUCUUUGAGAAGCGCUUCCCCGGCUUGCCAUCCCACAUGAAGUUUAAGUGGGCACUUCCGGGCCCUGAGCGCCAGGACUCAGUAUUCAAUGGUCUUCAACAAGUGGAUGCUGGUGCUGCUAUCGUCGCGGUUCACGACUCAGCGCGGCCGCUGGUGACACCCGCGGAUGCUGCCAAGUGCAUGUCCGAUGGCUUGGUAGUCGGCGCUGCGGUGUUGGGCGUGCAGGUCAAACCUACCAUCAAGGAGGUUGAUAAGGACCUUAUGGUGAUCAAGACUUUGCAGCGGUCAAAGCUGUGGGAGGUUCAGACGCCGCAGUGCAUUCGGCCAGCAUUGCUCCGCGAAGGGUUUGACCUGGUCAAAAGCCAGAACCUGGAGGUUACCGACGAUGUGUCCAUCAUCGAGGCGAUGGGCAAACCCGUCAAGAUUACCCCUGGAUCGUAUACUAACAUUAAAGUGACGACCCCGGACGACAUGGCGGUGGCAGAGAAGUUCCUAGAGGAGCGAGCUCAGGCAGAGGCCGCACCCGCUGCUGCUACUGCGGCGGCGCCCGAGCCGGUCGUAGCCGCAGCUUGAGAGGUCUUUUGGUGCAGCGUUGUCUUAGAGUUAUAAAUAAGCCGACUGGCUCGCUCAAUCCGGCGGCAACGGCGGCGGUGGUGGUGAUAUUGUUUAAGGAACCUGGGUCGCUGUACUAAUCUGAGGCAGUAGGGCACGUCUCACAGGGAUGCGUACGCGUCAGACCGCCGCCCUUUGCCGCGGACAGUUUGCUCCUGUCGUGAAUUUUCGUUGGCAGAUUUUCGUGGGGCUGCACGGGAUGAGGUUCGUUUCUUUCCUUUUCAACAUUUUUCGAUGCAUUGCGCAAAAGUUUAGGUUUAGACCUGAGCUCGAGGCCGG